AGCUGUCGCAGCGGGUGCCGAGGGGCGCGGCGGCAGCGAGUCCCUGUGUGCUGCCGGCGCUGCUCCGCUGCCGAGCUGAGGUCACGGGGACCGUCCAGCGCCACCGGAGCCGACUGGCAGACGCGCCGCGUCCCCGCCGGAGAAGGAGCGAGCGACGCCGUUCCCUGCGCAUCCCCUCAGCAUCAUGACUCUUCAGGCUGACUUUGAUGGUGCUGCAGAAGAUGUAAAAAAAUUAAAAACAAGACCGACUGAUGAAGAACUGAAGGAACUAUAUGGAUUCUACAAACAGGCUACUGUUGGAGAUAUUAAUAUUGAAUGUCCAGGAAUGCUAGAUUUGAAAGGCAAAGCCAAAUGGGAGGCGUGGAACCUGAAAAAAGGUUUAUCAAAGGAGGAUGCCAUGAAUGCCUAUAUCUCUAAAGCAAGAGCAAUGGUAGAAAAAUAUGGGAUCUAGAAUAUUCAAAAUAAUUCCCACUAAUACUUAACUCUUCAGUAGCUAAUGAACUAACUAUGUUGAGAAAAAUGCAGUACUAACUCCUUAUUGUGAGGUCUGACAGUAAUAUCUUUUAAGCAUAAGCUGUUUGACUGUAAAGGGGAUUUGCAUAUAUAAUCUUUUCUUAGCUUGUAUAUUAAUCUAAAUAAAUUUGAACUGAAUAAAUGAA